ACGGCAAUUGGGGCUUCUCGGGCCUUUUGUCUGCUCUAGCUGUAGCGCGCUGUUGGUUUCAAAAGAGCAGGCAAAAUGUUUUCCCUGCCUAUGAUUGCGCCGCGCCCAGACGCCAGUUUAUGGCCCUCCCUCCACAACACACAUACGGCAUUCGAAGACACGCAGUCGCAGUCUCCACCCAACUCGCACAACCAGCGACGCCCAACCUCGCGACACGUUCCGCACCACAACCAGAAUCUGCUGCUCUCCGCUCUUACUGUCGAUGAGAAUACAAUUGCCCAGCGAAAACUCAAUGUCCGCCGCUUUGGUGCAGGGUGGCUGCGUCCCCCGGGUGUGACUAAGACGCUGCAGGCACUCAAAGAUGAGGAGCUUGAAAAGGAGGAGCAAGAGUUGAUGCAGCGCAGAGAGCAAGUCAUGAUGGACCUGGCCGCCGCGCAGCAAGAAGCUGCCAACGAAGAGGAGAGGGAGAGGGGCCAAAUGGAGGAAGAAGCUGGUCUCGUCGAAGAAGAAAGGGAUCUGGACGACCAAGUCCCAGAAGCAGAGGAAAGCAUGAGCAACUCAUCCACCGAAGCCGACAGUAGCAGUGCAGACGAGUCAUCAGAAGACGAAGACGAGCAAGCAAGCGAAAUCAGCGGCGAAGCACAGGAAGAAAGCACAGUGCCCUUCAACGAAGACAGCUUCAUAGAAGGCAGCAUGAUGGAAGCCGAAGUCUCGCAUAUGCUUGAAAUGGAGGAGGCGGAAAUGGCCGGCGUCCUGCAGGACGAGCGCGACCUCGACGAAGACAUUCCUGAAGCGGGGAGCUACGAGCACACCGAUUCCGAACUCGAGGACUCGAGCGACUUGGAGAGCAGCGCGCUCCCUGCUGGCCUUGCGUCGGCUCGCUCCAGACGCUCGACGCGCCGCCGCCGCUCCAGCGCCAGACGCAGCUCGGCGCGCCGCAGCUCAGGUCUCCCUGCGGGAAUGACGCUGGGUGCGCAUCCCACGGCCGGCCGAGUCAGUCUGGGUCUUGAUCUCGGCAACAGCAGGAGCAGCUUCGGCAUGGAUGGCAGCAGUUCGUUUCUCGAGGGAAGCUCCUUUUUGAGAAGCUCGCCUGCCGGCGCUGCUGCGGCCAAUCGCGGCUCCCUGCGUGACCGCUUCAUGAGCGCUGCGAGGGGUGGUGGUGGUGCCGGUGGAGGCAGGAGAGCUUGAUACAUGCUGCCAGAACGUGAUGCGUUAUGAUUUCAGUGUAGAGAUACCCAGUUUGCCGUCUAGAGUAGUAGUACUGCUGCG